AACAAAUACACACACUCAUUUGUUUGUGUGUACACAUAUAUAAAGCAUAAAUGCCGUUUAACGGAUCAUUUGCAAAGUUUGAACGUGAACGAGUAUAGGUUUUGUUGAGCUCUUCACCAUGUCAAAGGAAGAUUACGAAAACCUCGCCAAGAAAUUACUUUCUACAGUAGAAGAUUAUAUGGAAGAUGGAAAUGGAUGGAAAGUUAUUGUGGAUAAGCCAAAUGUUAUUGUAUCUUCUCGUAAAUCAACAGAAUUUAAUGGUAAUUUAUACAAAGCUGAGGGAAUAAUUGAAGCAUCCCCUGAUACUGUAUUUCAAUAUUUAGACCCGUCACCUGAUUCUCUCCGCCUUCAAUGGGAUAAAAGAAUGGCUGGUAUCGAGUGUCUUGAAGUAUUGAGUCCUAAUUUGAAAAUAGCACGAAUGUACACUGGGGCUGAAGUAAUAAAUAUCAUAUCCCCAAGAGAUUUCGUGGAUCUUAUAUUCAAUGUGGAAAACGAUAAAUUCAUAGCUACCUGUGCAGUGAGUAUUGAGUAUUCCAAAUGUCCACCAAUAGCAGACUUUGUUCGGGGUUUCGAUCACCCAUGUGCUUUGGUGUGCAUUAAAGUUCCUGGAGAUGCAAACAAAACUAAUUUGCUAAGCUUAUUACAACCAGACCUUCGAGGUAGGUUACCAACCGAAAUUGUUGAUUCGGCAAUGCCUAAUUCCCUUGUAGGGUUUUACGAUGGUCUUGGAAAUACAAUACCCAAAAAGGCUCCUUAAGUUUUACCAACUUUAUUGAUAAAUGAUAUAUGAAUGAUGUUUGUCCUAAUAACUUUCCUAAACCAAAAGUUUGUAUUCAAUGAAGACCUGUCGAAAUCCUAUUAAAUUUGAAGUUCAGUAAC